AUGAGGGCCUGUGUCCCCCUGACGGUGGCUGUGCUCUGUGGCCUGGCCUGGGCUGGAAACCUGGAAUCAUGUGCAUCUCGCUGUAAUGAGAAGUUUAACCGAGAUGCUACUUGCCAAUGUGACCGCCGGUGUUCCCGUCACAGGGACUGCUGUGAAGACUACGAACAUCUGUGUACUGGUGAGUCUCCUGAGGAGCCAGAGGAAUUCUUGGAGCUGGAAGAAGAGGCCCCGGAUAAUAGCUUGUACUCGGCACCCAGCUCCUGCCAGGGCCGCUGCCGCGAAGCCUUCGACAAGCACCACCCCUGCCACUGCAAUGACCGCUGCCAAGAGUCUGGGAACUGCUGCAAGGAUUUCGAGAGCCUGUGUGGCGACCACGAGGGCUUCUCCCACAGCAGUGAUGCCAUAACCAAAGAGGAGCUUCAGAGCAUCUCUGAGAAGAUCUACAAGGCAGACACCAACAAAGCCCAGAAGGAAGACAUCGUUAUCAACAGUCAAAACCGCAUCUCCCCUUCAGAGACGGGAGACCAAGUGGAUCGCUGCCCAGAGCCGCUCUUCACGUAUGUCAAUGAGCAGCUGUUCUCCAAGCCCACCUACGCAGCCUUCAUUAACCUGCUCAACAACUACCAGCGGGCGACGGGCCAUGGGGAGCACUUCAAUGCCCAGCAGCUGGCCGAACAGGGUGUCUUCCUCAGAGAGAUCAUGAAGACAGCAGUGAUGAAGGAGCUCUACAGCUUUCUCCAUCACCAGAACCGCUAUGUCUCUGAACAAGAAUUCGUUGACGACUUGAAGAAUAUGUGGUUUGGGCUCUAUUCAAGAGGCAAUGAGGAGGCGGACUCCAGUGGCUUUGAACAUGUCUUCUCAGGUGAAAUCAAAAAGGGCAAGGUCACUGGCUUCCAUAACUGGAUCCGCUUCUAUCUGCAGGAGAAGGAGGGCCUGGUUGACUAUUACAGCCAUAACUAUGAUGGACCUUGGGAUUCCUACCCUGACGUGUUAGCGAUGCAGUUCAACUGGGACGGCUACUAUAAGGAAGUGGGCUCAGCUUUCAUUGGCAGCAGCCCUGAGUUUGAGUUUGCACUCUAUUCCUUGUGCUUCAUUGCCCGGCCAGGCAAAGUGUGCCAGUUAAGCCUGGGUGGUUAUCCCUUGGCUAUCCAGACCUAUCCCUGGGACAAGACUACCUAUGGAAAUGGCAAGAAGUACAUUGCCACAGCCUACGUGGUGUCUUCCACCCAUUAGAACAGAACUUUGAGCCAGAAAGGGCCAUGAGGGCAGGGAGGACUCUUGCAGGACUG